AUGGUCAUCUCCUCACUCCGCCCCGUCCCCUCCACUCCCCUUACCGAUCCACCUCCACUCCCUACUAUUCUUCAUCCUACCAACUCUCCUCCUGACCCCCAUCCACUGCUUACCCCCAUGCUCCUAUCUGCCGCAGAUUGCCUCCGUGGGGUCUUCCUCUGCAAACCCCCUGGUCACACCGCGCUCUACCGGGCGCUAUCCUCCACAGGCCUUGGCGCCGCAAUGGCAUUCUCACCGGAGGUGCUUGCCAAUGUCGUCGAUGCCGGUGACCUCAGAGGUGCUGCCACUGUCAUCUUCGACUGGGUGAUAACUACCUCCAAACCUCGCCCAUCCGUCCACACCUGCAACAUUGUCAUCAGGGCAUUGGGGAGGAAAAAAUUCUUUGAUUUUUCGAUGGCGCCCUUCAGAUCAUGCGCAGAAAUUACAUUUUCCCGGACCUGA